AAAGUAUUUUUGGUCGGAAUGUCCCGUCUAAGCAAUAAAACUUUUGUGACUUUGUGCGUAUGCGUGCGCAUGUGUUGCGUGUGUGUGCGCGCGCGCGCUCGUUCCUCUGCGUGUAGUUUUUGCUUGCUUUCUAACUACAGUAGUGUAGUCUGGCUUCAGUGUGCCCCUGGUGAGUGCAGCGAGAGGAGCAUCGCGAAGCUGCGGGACAAAAAGAGGUGGACCAGGGGCAAAAGAGCUUCCCGAAAAGAAGACUCCACUUUACCACAGACGCUCCGGUGCAGAGCCGUCCUCCAUGCCCGAGCCGGGGGCUGCAAGCAGGCGGAGCCCGCAGGGAGUUCCGUACACCGACCUCAAGCACAUCGUCAACGCCGAUGGGCUGCACCUGUUCUGCCGCUACUGGGAACCAGUCGAGCCGGCAAGGGCACUGGUGUUUAUCGCCCAUGGGGCCGGAGAGCACUCUGGGCCAUACGAUGAGAUUGCACAGAGACUGAAGGAGCUGUCCCUGCUGGUCUUUGCGCAUGACCAUGUUGGCCAUGGUCAGAGUGAAGGAGAUAGAAUGAACAUAAAGGACUUCCAGACCUACAUCCGAGACUCCCUGCAGCACAUCGACUUGAUGAAGUCUCUCCACCCCGGCCUGUCUGUCUUCAUCGUGGGUCAUUCAAUGGGUGGCGCUAUAUCCAUCCUUACAGCUUGUGAGAGACCUACUGAAUUUACUGGAGUGGUUCUGAUUGGUCCGAUGGUCCAGAUGAACCCUGAUUCAGCGACACCGUUUAAGGUUUUCCUUGCCAAGGUUUUGAAUCACAUGCUGCCCAAUUUGACUCUAGGCUCCAUUGAAUCCAAAUGGGUCUCACGGGACAAGAAACAGGUUCAGGCUUAUGACGCUGACGAGCUGAAUUACCACGGAGGGAUGCGUGUGUCGUUCGCCAUGCAGCUGAUGGGCGCGGCGGAUCGCAUCGAGAGGGCGAUCUCGUCUGUCAGAUGGCCCUUCCUGCUCCUCCACGGUGACUCUGACAAGCUCUGUGACAUCCGAGGCUCCAAAAUGAUGUUUGACAAAUCUCCCAGCUCAGACAAGAAACUAAAGGUCUACGAGGGAGGCUACCACGCCCUUCACCACGACUUGCCAGAGGUGUCGGAGUCCGUGCUGAAGGAGGUGACCGCAUGGAUCACAGAACGCCUUCCCAACACCACCUAAACCGUCACUACAAGGCUCGUAGACUUGUGUGACGUAGAAAGGCCAGUCAAAGCUCCAAGGAAACCACAUUUUUAAAAAUAUACAGUACAAUCCAUAGCACUAUGGUAUACAUCACUAACAACCAGCCUAAACCAUAGUGGUUGAAGAUGGAUGUACAACUUCACAAUUUCCAGUAUGCUCAGGUUUGUCGCGCAAUAAUGAGAUUUAUUUGUCUGGCCAUAUAAUGUCAGUUGUCCUCAUCAGCGUUCCCUAAAUGAAUGUAUUACAAAUGACACAUGAACCUUGAUAGAAGUUCCAAAUCCUCUCCACAUUUCCAAGUCAUAAUUAAUUUUAUGGAAAUACGAGUUUGUUUUUUUUUUUUACCUUACUGAUUUGAUUGGAUGUGCUGAGGGGAAAAAAAAAGUUGUGUACCUAUAUAUAUUGUGAGACCCAAUUAUUGGGUAUUUUCUCCAUUUGUCAACGCGUCAUACGUAAAUGGUGAUGGCAUAAUUUAGGCAAAUGCAAAUCUAUCCAAAUUAAGCACUGGUGAAGUAAGUCUUUACCUGAAGUACUAUCCGAGUGAUUGUUCAUAGUUACUUAUGGCCUUUGAGCAAGUCACUUUGCCCCGUCACUGUGGAAAAUAGAGUAAAUCACUUUAACCUUAGAAUCUGUUUAAUAUAUUGUUGUUGGUGAUGCUGAUCAACACAUUAGAAGUCCAUAUUUAAUGUGAUGUAACUGGGGAGUUUCCUGCAAAACCGAAAAUAGACUAAUUUCUGGAUUUGGCACGAUCCUCGCUUUUCUUCAUAACUAUAUUUACCUGUUCUUUUUCACAUGGACUUCAUCACACCUUCAAAGGGUGUGGUAUAUUUUCCCCUUUGUUUGAGUUGCCAUGGUGACGGGCUUCCAUCCAUCAGCAAGGCCGCACUUUCCAGCCUCACCCAUGCUGCCUCUGGUGGCCAGUGUCAUACAUGGAUGUGAUUACGCAAAGAUAAAUGAUUGCUGACGUCCAUUAGAUAACUCUUGAAAGAUGUGUAAAUAAGGCCACAAAUGAUAUAAUAUAUUUAUUUACCCGUGACACACCCUCUUUGUAGAUUUUGUGAAAGUCAGAUCGAUUAGUUCAAGCAUAAAUCUUCUAAUUGACUGGUGGGGAAAAAAAGUGCAUAACAAAUAUUUUGAUAACUGAUUUUUAAAAUACAGUCAUGUGAUCAUUACAUAAUGUUAAUAAAAAAUACAAAUAACAAAACAACUAAGGAGAACACAAUUUUAAAAAAAAUCAACUAUUAAUUGAGACAAAUGUAAAAAAAAUGAAUUUAAAAUUCAUCUAGUGCUUGCUUGAAAAUCAUUGGAUAAGCAGCCCCAUGACUGCAGGAAGAGCACACAUGCAUUAUGCAGACCUGAGAGGAUUUGGUGUUUCUAAAUUGUUGCUCAUAUCACAAGAGUGCAUUUUACCGCACAACAUUAGCAUUUUAUCACCACUGAGAGCGGGGAGUAUCUGAGUGCUAGAAGAGGAGAUGGUAACUGGCUGUAACCAUGGCAGCACUUUUUUUUUAAACAUCCCAUUAUUUGUGCAGCAUGCGAAACAGAGGAUGCUGCACUUUCAUGCCCUGCAUUGUCCUACUGACGCUUUGAGAAGUAUCUUUUGUUUGAGCUUUGACAGAUGAGAAAGGAUACUAAGCGUCAUUGGUUCAGAAUGUGUAAUGACAUUAACAUACAUUGAAUUCAAAUCAGGUUGCUUUGCUGUUUGAGCUAAAAUCCACAGCUCUUUCAGAUUGGACAGCCAUCCAAUUUCUACACUACUUAUUCUCACAAGGGUCACGGGUGUGCUGAAGCCUAUCCCAGCUAACUGCAGACAGGGGGGGGGCGGUUGUCAGUUAAUCGCAGGGCACACAAACAACCAACCAUUCACACAUUCUCACAUUCAUACCUACAGACAAUUUUGAGUUUUCAAUUAACCUACUGUGCAUUGUUUUGGGGAUGUGGGAGGAAACCGGAGUACCCAGAGAAAACCUAUGUAGGCACGGGCAGAACAUGCCAACUCCACACAGGCGAGGCCAGAUUUGAACCAGAGUCUUCAAAACUGAGGUGGAUGUGUAAACUAAUUUCUACCAUGCCAGUUAGAUUUGACAUAUGAGGACAAAAUUUCCUCUUAAACUGGUGUACCAAAAUCCACAUGUAACAAUUGUUGCCAGGCAGAGUUUGUGAGGCAAAAUUAGCAAAGCAGGCCCCGGAAUUAAUACGUGCCUAUGUCACACAUCUUUAUUGAUCAUUGUUUUUAGCUAUUAGGUGCAGCAACAUAAAAUAUAAUUCCUCACAUUUUCCCCUGCUGUCACAAAAUAGUAUUGUUCCUUGUUGCUCUGCAAAACCAGGGAGACAUGAUUAGUUUGACAUCAAGCCCAGCAACAGAAAAUUCAUACAGUCACUUGUUGCUAGGAGGAAUUCAUUUGCACAAUUAGCUACAGGCCCCUCGAAAAGUAUAGGCCGGGCAUUGUCAAUCCCUUCCGUUUUGUUGUAUACUGAAGACAUUUGGCUUUCAGAUUAAGUGAUGAUUAUGAGACAAAAGUUCAGAAUUCCAUCUUUUAUUUCAUGGUAUUUACGUCUUGAUGUUCUAAACAAAUCAGGGAAGGGAAGCACCCUUGUCAAGUAAUUUUUUUCAUGUUAUGGGACACAUUUUAUUGAGUGCUUGUCCUAGGCAGAUUUAACAGGGGGACCCAUCAACUAUCAGAGCAGAAACACCGACAAUAAUUUGGACAUUUCAAAAAUUUGUAUUGUUGACUUAAUUGUGUCUUGGCAGAUUCUGUGGGACACAGUAAAGUACCGAAACUCAAUCCUUAAAGUAUCUGGUCACAUCAUAGACACAUUGCUAUGGUCCACCUGUUGCUAGGUAUAAUUGCCAUCCGCCAGGCACAGAACUGCAAAAUUGUUUUUGUUGGACACCUUUUGCCAGGCAGAAAGCAACCCCCCCCAACCCCCCCGCCAAAAAAAAGGCAGUUAUCCAGCCACACUCCCCAUGCUGUUUUGUUGGCAACUAGAACGGAGAGUCUGCACAAGACACCUGCCUAUGCGUUAAGGUUUAUGAGGUUAUUUAUAUGCACACACUUUUCCCAUGGUCCACUAUCAUAUCAGAAGGAAUGUAUCAAGUCUGUUUUGACAGCAGAACCAUCUGCUGGCUCAGUUACGGAUCAUCGGAUGGUGAAGGGAUGUCAACCUGUUCACGUUCACUCUAAUACACUGUACAAGCAUGAUCUUUUUUGCAGCUAUUCUGUGCUCAGAAAUCAUCCAUGAAUAAUUAGUGCUCUGUUACGUAGUAUAUACAGACGUAUGUAAAUAACACUGCCAAUUUAUAUAUACAGUAAUAACCUAUAUGACUGUUAGUAUCCUUACAUAGUCUCUUAAUAUUAGUUAAGAAAAAGAAUGUUAGGUAAGUGGGAAAUUUCUGAAAGCUUUGCAGCAUAAGUCAGUUGUGCGAAUUGAUUUUUUCAACCAUGACUUUAUGAAUCUUUAUGGAUCAGCUGGAAAGCGUUGGCCUCACAGUUCUGAGGUCCCGGGUUCAAUCCCGGCCCCCCUGUGUGUCGUUUGCAUGUUCUCCCCGUGCCCGUGUGGGUUUCCUCCGGGCACUCCAGUUUCCUCCCACAUCCCAAAAACAUGCAACUUUAAUUGGACAUUCUAAAUUCCCCCUCGGUGUGAUUGUGAGUGCGGCUCUUUGUCUCUGUGCCCUGUGAUUGGCUGGCAACCAGUUCAGGGUGUACCCUGCCUCCUGCCCGUUGAAAGCUGGGAUAGGCUCCAGCACUCCCGCGACCCUCGUGAGGAUAAGCGGCUAAGAAAAUGGAUGGAUGGGUGGAUGAAUGGAUGGACUUCAUGACUGUUUCUCUUUUUUUUUUUUUUUUUUUUAAGUGUUAUGGGCCUUAAUGGGCAAGAUUGGGAAAAAAAUGUAAUUUAAUGACAGCACACCUUUUUGAACUGGGCUCCAAAAGGUAGUUAUCAUUUUCUGCUGUAUUUAUGAGAACCUAAACUAAAGUAAUCUUAACAUCACUGGUGGGCGUUUCGGAAAAUGUAUUGUUUUUUAACAUGGCUGAUGUAUUUUAGUUGGACUUUUUGUGAAAAAAUAUCACACUGUACAAAAACCAUGUUAAUUAACUUUUUUUGGGUCGAGGAGGCACAAUUAUUUACAGGCUAGUCUAGUAAUUAAAUAUUCAGGACUAUGAACUUUUUACACCUUGUAUUAUAAGUGUAAUUUGUAAUUUUAACAUGGGAGCUGGUUGUAUGCUGUCCAACAAAUGUACAACCAUGUGUGCCAAAAAAUUGCUUACAGUUUUUAAUGUUCCAUGUUUGAAUCAACAUUGCAUUUUGCAGAUUGUGAUUCUUAAAAAAAAUAACAACAACAACAACAAAUCUUUAUUUUCUUGUCAUGUUUUGCUAAAAUCCGAACUCUGCAUGUUGGGCCAAUUGUAACAAAUGUAAGAUUUUUAGGAAAGAAACUUAAUUGCACGUAUUUGAUUAUGAAGUUGACAUUAAUUCAGCCCCAAACAUUUCCUUUAAUUUGAAAGUGUUUUCUGACCACUGCAUUGUUUCUGAGAAAUGGGGAACUAUGGGACCUUAUAUUGUAUUCUGUCAUGGUGUAUAGUGUUGUCUGUGCCUUACUGAUAUGACACCAUGACCAAGUAUGAGCAUGUUGGUGCAAUAACCUGUGACUCCAUCAGGCUGUUUUUGACAAAGACCUAUGUAGUUAACGUUGAACUGAUUGGGUUGUCUGUUACUAUUGUCCAUCCAUGUACCAUGUAUAUUCCUAGAUAUGUGUAUCUGUCUAAGAUCCUCUUUAUACGUGUACUAAAAUAAAUGAAUAAAUAGUGAGCACUUUUACUGAAAAUAUUUGGUUUCAGUUUGCUGUAUUCUGGUUUCAGUACUUUGUGUAAAACAGCAGGAUAAUGCAGACAAACACACA